CCCGUCUGUUGCUGGAGUGGCUGGCUGGGAUAUAUAAGCUUGCGUGCAUUGGAUAAGCUUAAGCGGGCGGCGUGCAGGUGGCAUCCUUUGUUAGUCCACCCACUUCGGAAACGGGCGUCAAGCCAUCUUCUUGACAAACCCUUUCGUUCCGCUCGCCCACGCAGAGAACAUUUGUUUCAGACCUGUAUCGUCUCUUCAGCUAUCGUCAGUGCCUGCAAGCCAUGGCUGACACGAAAACCUCCGUCUCGCUCUGCGACGACGCCGAGGCAGACAAGCAGCACUCCUACCCGAACAAGGACCACAGCCGUCUGCCACCAGCAGUCGACGCAGCCCUGGAGAAGCGCGUUGUCCGCAAGGUCGACUUGCGCCUGCUACCCAUGCUCGGCGCGUUGUACACCAUCGCCAUGAUUGACCGCAGCAACAUCUCCGUCGCCCGGAUAUCGGGGCUCGACGACGACGUCGGGCUCGCGCAGGGGAACCGGGCAUCGAUCGCCCUUCUCGUUUUCUUCAUCGGCUACAUGUUGUUUGAACUGCCGUCGAACAUGAUCAUUCAUCGUGUUGGCGCUGCGAACUGGAUAUCUUUCAUCGUCUUUAGCUGGGGGCUAGUGACGAUAGGAAUUGGGUUCUUGAACGAUUGGAUCAGCUUGGCUGUGCUGCGGGCCAUCCUGGGUGCUUUCGAGGCUGGCUUCUAUCCCGGAUGUAUCUAUCUGAUCGGGUCGUGGUACCGAAAAUUCGAGGUCCAGAAGCGCAUGGCCAUCUUCUUCAUGACCGGCUCCGCCCUCUCCGCCUUUGCCAACAUCCUCGCGCUGGGCCUGGUCCAGAUCUCCCGCGUCCACCACUACAAAGGCUGGCGGUGGAUCUACAUCAUCGAGGGCGCCCUGACGUGCCUCCUCGCGGUCGUCGCGUGGUUCGUCGUCGUCGACUUCCCGGACUCGCACCGCAACAAGUUCCUCUCGGCCGAGGAGAAGCAGCUCGUGCUCGCGCGCCUGGCCAUCGACCGCGGCGGCGUCGAGGAGACGCGGGAAAAGGUCACGGCAAAAAUCGUCGGGCAGACGCUCGCGGACUGGAAGGUCUGGGCGUUUUCGUUGAUGUACAUGGCUGGUGCUGUUGGCGUCUACGCCUUCCUCUUCUUCCUCCCGAUCAUCCUCCAGAACGGGAUGGGCUUCUCCCGCGAACUCGCCUUCAUCCUCUCCGCCCCGCCCGCGCUCUUCUCCGUCAUCGAGGCCCUCGCCGUGUCCUGGCUCGCAGACAAGUACCGCCUGCGGGGGCCUUUUGUCAUCUUCCAAGGGCUCGUCGGCAUCGUGGGCCUGUGCAUGACGGGGUUCCUCCACAGCCCGGCCCCACGCUACGUCGGCACGUUCCUGGGCCAGGCCGGGGUCAACGGCCUCGUCGUCACCACGCUGGCCUGGCAGUCGAACAACCUCCGCGGGGACGCCCAGCGCGCGACGGCCACGGCCGUCAUGGUCACCCUGAGCGGGAUCGGCGGGAUUUACUCGUCGCUGGUGUUUCGGCAGCAGGACGCCCCGAAUUACUUCCCCGGCAUCAUGGCCGUCAUGGCCAUCUGCAUCGCCGCCGUGGUCGCGGCGUCCGUGUCGAUCCUGGUGCUCCGCCGGCAGAACAAGCAGGCGGACGAGGGGAAACGGGUCAUUGACGGAAUGGAGGGGUAUCGCUGGACGAUUUGAGAGACGUUUUUGAGACUUUGUGAGGGAAACGCUUCAAAGCAGUGGAUAAAGUCACAAUAAGGAGACUGGUUGGAGGAUAAGAGGAAGAACAAAGAGACGUCCUUUCUCCCUUGGAUGUAAAAGC